ACUGGUAAUUCAAAAGCCAUGUGGACGGACUGCUUCAGAGGACCUGGCUGAAUUUAUGUGCUCCUCCAGCACCCUAAGAUCUGUGACGAUCGAGAUGCCUGUAAAAAAAGCGGAUGCACGUAUGCAUGAUGUGUUCUAUUCGGUGCUUGCUCAUAAUGCCACGAAUACAAAGAUUGAGACACUUUGGCACAAUGAGGAUCUCAGUGAACACCCCUCUGCAUCACGUGAUUUUGCUCAGUUCAUCUGUAAGAUGAAUCAUCUGAAGGACCUGACACUCCAUGGUAGCUAUCAUGAUUACUUCUACUCAACAUUGUCGUCGAUGGCAUCAACUACAAAGAUUGAGACUCUUGAUGGCUGUUGUAAGAAUCUCAUUGAACGCCCCUCUGCAUCACGUGAUCUCGCUCAGUUCAUCUGUAAGAUGAAUCAUCUGAAGAACCUGACAUUUGAUGGUAGCUAUCAUGAUGACUUCUACUCAACAUUGUCGUCGAUGGCAUCAACUACAAAGAUUGAGACUCUUGAUGACUGUUGUAAGAAUCUCAUUGAACGCCCCUCUGCAUCACGUGAUCUCGCUCAGUUCAUCUGUAAGAUGAAUCAUCUGAAGGACCUCAGACUCCAUGGUUGGUAUCAUGAUGACUUCUACUCAACAUUGUCGUCGAUGGCAUCAACUACAAAGAUUGAGACUCUUGAUGACUGUUGUAAGAAUCUCAUUAAACGCCCCUCUGCAUCACGUGAUUUCGCUCAGUUCAUCUGUAAGAUGAAUCAUCUGAAGGACCUCAGACUCCAUGGUUGGUAUCAUGAUGACUUCUACUCAACAGCAUCAUCGUUGAUAGCAUCAACUACAAAGAUUGAGACUCUUCGGCACGAUGAUGAUCUCAGUAAACGCCCCUCUGCAUCACGUGAUCUCGCUCAGUUCAUCUGUAAGAUGAAUCAUCUGAAGAACCUGAAAAUCGAUGGUAGCUAUCAUGAUGACUUCUACUCAACAUUGUCGUCAAUGGCAUCAACUGCAAAGAUUGAGACUCUUGAUGUCCGGUGUAAGAAUCUCGUUGAACGCCCCUCUGCAUCACGUGAUCUCUCUCAGUUCAUCUGUAAGAUGAAUCAUCUGAAGAACCUGACACUCCAUGGUAGCUAUCAUGAUGACUUCUACUCAACAUUGUCGUCGAUGGCAUCAACUACAAAGAUUGAGACUCUUGAUGUCCGGUGUACGAAUCUCAUUGAACGCCCCUCUGCAUCACGUGAUCUCGCUCAGUUCAUCUGUAAGAUGAAUCAUCUGAAGAACCUGACACUCCAUGGUAGCUAUCAUGAUGACUUCUACUCAACAUUGUCGUCGAUGGCAUCAACUGCAAAGAUUGAGACUCUUCAUGACUGGUUUGAGAAUCUCAGUGAACGCCCCUCUGCAUCACGUGAUCUCGCUCAGUUCAUCUGUAAGAUGAAUCAUCUGAAGAACCUGACACUCCAUGGUAGCUAUCAUGAUGACUUCUACUCAACAUUGUCGUCGAUGGCAUCAACUGCAAAGAUUGAGACUCUUCAUGACUGGUUUGAGAAUCUCAGUGAACGCCCCUCUGCAUCACGUGAUCUCGCUCAGUUCAUCUGUAAGAUGAAUCAUCUGAAGAACUUGACACUUGGUGGUCGCUAUCAUGAUGACUUCUACUCAACAUCAUUGUCGAUGGCAUCAACUACAAAGAUUGAGACUCUUAUUGACCGGUGUAAGGAUCUCAGUGAACGCCCCUCUGCAUCACGUGAUCUCGCUCAGUUCAUCUGUAAGAUGAAUCAUCUGAAGAACCUGAAAAUCGAUGGUAGCUAUCAUGAUGACUUCUACUCAACAUUGUCGUCAAUGGCAUCAACUGCAAAGAUUGUGAUUCUUGAUGACUGGUGUAAGGAUUUCAUUGAACGCCCGUCUGCAUCACGUGAUCUCGCUCAGUUCAUCUGUAAGAUGAAUCAUCUGAAGAACCUGACACUCCAUGAAAGCUAUCAUGAUGACUUCUACUCAACAUUGUCGUCAAUGGCAUCAACUGCAAAGAUUGAGACUCUUGAUGACUGGUAUACGAAUCUCAUUGAACGCCCCUCUGCAUCACGUGAUCUCGCUCAGUUCAUCUGUAAGAUGAAUCAUCUGAAGAACCUGACAUUUGAUGGUAGCUAUCAUGAUGACUUCUACUCAACAUUGUCGUCGAUGGCAUCAACUACAAAGAUUGAGACUCUUAAAGACUGGUGUAAGAAUCUCAGUGAACGCCCAUUUGCAUCAUAUGAUUUCGCUCAGUUCAUCUGUAAGAUGAAACAUCUGAAGAACCUGACACUCGGUGGUAGCUAUCAUGAUUACUUCUACUCUACAUCAUCAUCGAUGGCAUCAACUGCGAAGGAUGACUGCAACACGAGCUCAACUGUGACUGAUCUGACCAUCACUGAUAUGACACUAGAAGGAUGGCAGGGUCGUGGUUCGAUGUUUGACAAUGUGAAGAGGAUCAUCAUACAGGUAUUGGACAAGAUGAGAUGUGACGUCACCCACAGGAUCCAUCUACCAGCAGUGACAGAGCUCACCGUUCAAACACAUGAGCGUGGGUAUCACCCGGCUUCUCUCCACGAUGAUCACUGCUCACUACCCAAUGCUCUCCACAAGGUCUCAUCUCAGCUUGUCAAGGUCACAUUCACAGAUCUCAACAUAGGUAACGACACGACCGAACGAACGAUUCAAGCUUUCAGAUCAUCGGACGAUCUCAAACAUCUGAGGACCCUAAGAUUCAUAAGAUGUGGGACUGAUGAGAGCUUCGAUUCUUCUUGUAUUGACUCCAAUGGUGAACAUAAGGUAAAGGUGGAGAUAGAACAUGGCCAACCAGUUGGCGAAAUGUGGGGAUAGCAGCGUCCAAGAUCUGCCAUUGAAGAUGAUGUAGGCCAUCCGACGAGAUAUAUGAGCUGAGAUUUAUGGCAACAAUUACUGUUUCAAUUUAGCAAUUCAAAAGUUUUACAGUGCUGUUACUGAUAUAGCUGCUCUCGUACUCACUCGUCCAAUGGUCAAGAGACCGACCUGGCCAUUACCCUAAUACUGGGAAGCUUUCGAAAACACAAUGCAGCUAAAGAGGGUGGUAUAUGGCCUCAAUAGAACUGAAAGGUAAUAGAUAAUAGAACUGAUAUUUAGAACAAAAAUAAAAUAGAUCUGCACCAGGUAUCACAUGCGUGAAACAUUUCCCAUAGACUCGUGUGUUAAAAUGGCACUGUUAAACAAUAAAGAAUAACGUUGGAAUUCGAGGCUUGAAUAUUGUUUACUACCAGUGGAUAGGAUAUAUACACAACAAAAAAAAGUAAGUCCCCCCCUAAAUCAAAUUGCUGUAACUUUUGAACGGAUUUUGAGAUAUAAUUUUGAGAUAUGAUAUUUCGUAGGUGGUUUUCUACUCUCAUUAGGCAACUCCUGGGGGAAAAUGAGAUUUAUCGAAUGAGUCAUGCAUGAGUAAUUCGAGAUUGAAUUAAAAAUGACCAUUUUUUUAAGUCACAAGAGUCGUUUUUCAGAUUGUGCAAAUACAAAGUUGGGCAAAAGUUGUUUUAGGUGAAAUUGAUGGUGUUAUGCUGUUUUACUAUCCAUCAUUUAGCCACUCCACACACAAUUUUGAUAUCGUAUGUUCAUGGUUGAGUGAGCACAAUAUCGCAGGGGCCGCGGAAGCCGGGGGGGCAGCCCCCCCCCCCUACUCUUUCCAAAAGCAUGUACAAAAUGUAAUAAUGACCAUACGAUUGUGAUUUUUUGCAUGGUCAACCCCCCCCCCCCCCCCUCUUUGAAAACCGUUCCGCUGCCCCUGUAUUGAGACGUAUCAUCAUAGGGGCUUAUGGUAGUAUCCUCUACAACUUGUUAGAUCAUGUUAAAAUUUGAAAAUGUUGGUGGCUCCCCCGAAUAUAGGCCCCCCACCAUUUUAAAAUUAUGGAUCCACCACUGAUUUGUCCAUAAAUUAAACUGAUCAUGAGAAAUUGUUAGGAAAAUAAUACACUUAUGCAGUAUAAAGUCUGUGACAUUGAAAAUACCCAUUUUCCCACUCUGAUGCGUGCUCACUCAUCCAUAAAGAAACAAAUCGAUUUCAUAUUUGCACAGAAUUCUGCCCAUUAGUUGAUAAACAUUACUGCCAAAUGACAUUGCUAAAGACAGCCUUGAAAAAAAAGUUCCACCAUAUUGAAUAAGGGGUUACUUAUUCUUAAACAUUUGCACCCAUAAUGUACACAAGUCUAUGAGAGAGGAAGUCAAAAUUUUAACAAAAUAUGAAAUGAGGGUUUGUUUCAUGGACGGUUUUUGUUACUUGUGCCAACAGUUAUUUCUUGAAACUUCGCACAUGGCUUCUGAGUAACACUAUCCAAAAGGCGCGCACACCAAAAUAACCAUUCGAUACGGCACAGAGUGGGGCCAAGGCCUUGAACUUUCUUCUCAUUUGCAUAAUUUUCGAAUAUUGUGUGCUCACUGAUGCAUUAAACAUCGGGAUUUUAAUAAAAAUCAAAUCAAAUGAACUAUACAAGGAUUGUGACCACUGGCGUAAAUCCCGGGGGGGAUGGGGGGAUAUAUCCCCCCCACUUUUCGAGGAGGGGGGAUGGCCUGUACAAACAUCCCCCCCCCCCCCACUUUUUACGAAAGAAAUGAAAAAAAAAAUCACAAGAGAUAAUUGUUUUAUUGGUGAAAAUUCUUCCAAAAAUACUGCUUAACAAAUAAAAUAAUAUUAUUGAAUCAUAAAAUGCAAAUAAAGAGCCAGUUCACCAUUUCCAAACGAAAUACUUCAAAUUCAUCAAUGUUCGGGUCUUUGAGAAGGGAUUAAGAUGGAAUGUCAAAAAAAAAUUAAUGUAAUCUCUAAUAAACCAUUAAACCAUCAUGGGGUAAAAAAGAUAAUAAUAUUGGAGGGGUAUUUGCCAUAUGGACAUACAGUGGCGUAACUACGGGGGACAUGGGGGGCACAUCCCCCCCAUCGGCUGACC